AUGCCUACCAGAUUCUCCAAGACCAGAAAGCACCGUGGCCACGUUUCCGCCGGUUAUGGUCGCAUUGGCAAGCAUCGAAAGCAUCCCGGAGGUCGCGGUAUGGCUGGUGGCCAGCAUCACCACCGAACCAAUCUCGACAAGUACCAUCCAGGUUACUUUGGAAAGGUCGGCAUGAGAUACUUCCACAAGUCGCAGAACCAGUUCUGGAAGCCCACGAUCAACCUUGACAAGCUCUGGUCCUUGGUUCCCGCAGAGACUCGUGAGGCCUACAUUAGCAAACAGAAACCCGACACCGCUCCCGUCCUCGACCUCCUCUCCCUCGGCUACUCCAAAGUCUUAGGCAAGGGCAGACUUCCAGAGAUCCCAGUCGUUGUACGCGCGCGCUACGUCAGCAAGGAAGCCGAGCGUAAGAUCAAGGAAGCUGGUGGUGUUGUUGAGUUGGUAGCAUAA